AUGGAUGCACGUGGUGAGAAACCACUAGCUCUAUUUCCUACUAAAUUUCAGAAAAGCAUGUGGAUAAAACGAGGGAGCUUUGUUGUAGUUGAUGAAAGUUGUAACAUCCCUGGAAAGGAGAAGGCUCUUGAAUCAGGUAGCAAGGUUGCAUGUCUUGUUUCUCAAGUUCUUUUCUAUGAACAAGUCCGAGCACUACAGAAAUCUCCAGAAUGGCCUGAAAUUUUUAAAUAUGGGAUGGUAUAUGAUUCAAAUGAAAGAACUACCUUCGAACAAAGGAAUGAGACAGAUGCCAGUGAUGAUGAUGGACUACCUCCAUUGGAAGCCAAUACAAACAGGAUGAGACCUAUUGAGCUACAAGCUAAGGAAGAUUCAGAAUCCAGUUCGGAUAAAGAUGAUUGUUUUAUCUAG